GAGAAGACUAAGAAAUUUUGGGAUCAAAGAAGAGAUGUUAGUUACUGUCUGCUCAUCCAUCUUUUAAUUCAAGCACAUAUAUUAUAUUAUUAUUAUUCUUUCCUAUCCUGCUCAGCCUUAUUUAAACACCCUUUGAGCUUCAACUGGAAGCCUAACACACACCAAAAGAAACCAUUCUAUUAAAAAUGAUCUUCAAAAGGUAUUUGUCAUGGAAAAAUAUCCUCCCCAAUUGCAUCAAACCCCAGGUGCCAUCCUCAGGGAAAAAAGUUCAUCCCUCCAAACGAAGUCCUAGCCAAAGGCUAUCUCUCUCUGAUAUUAGCCACUUUGGCUCUCCGUUGUCACUAAACGAUCUGUCGAAUUCUCUUAUAAGCCUUCAUGUGUUUACCCUCAAGGAGCUGGAACUGGUAACUCACAAGCUCUCCAAGAGUAAUUUUCUGGGUGAGGGUGGGUUUGGACCUGUUUACAAGGGGUUCAUUGAUGACAAUCUUAGGCCUGGCUUGAAGGCUCAAUCUGUUGCUGUGAAGGUCCUUGAUUUGGAUGGCACACAGGGACACAAAGAAUGGCUGGCUGAAGUUAUUCUCCUGGGGCAAUUAAAGCAUCCCCACCUGGUGAACUUAAUUGGAUAUUGCUAUGAAGAUGAGCACAGGCUUCUGGUAUAUGAAUACAUGGAACGUGGCAGCUUGGAAAACCAACUAUUUAAAAGAUAUGGACCACCAUUGCCUUGGCUAACAAGACUGAAAAUUGCUGUUGGAACUGCAAAAGGACUAGCUUUCCUCCAUGAAGAAGAGAAGCCGGUCAUUUACCGGGAUUUCAAAACUUCAAACAUCUUAUUAGACUCGGCUUACAAAGCGAAGGUUUCUGAUUUUGGAUUGGCAACUGACGGUCCAGCAGAAGAAGAAACCCAUGUUACGACUUGCGUCAUGGGCACCGAAGGCUACGCUGCCCCUGAAUAUGUAUCUACAGGGCAUUUGACGACCAUGAGCGAUGUGUUCAGCUUUGGAGUGGUACUCCUAGAGCUGCUGACAGGGAGACGAUCCGUGGACAAGACCCGACCAAGUCGAGAGAAGAACCUUGUGGAAUGGGCACGGCCUCUUUUGAAGGACCCUCAUAAACUCCACGGAAUAAUGGACCCAAGACUUGAAGGACAGUAUUCAACCGAGGGGGCUAGGAAGGCUGCUGCAUUAGCUUAUCAGUGCCUUAGCAGCCACCCCAAAUCCAGACCAACUAUGCGCAAUGUGGUCAAAGGAUUACAGCCUCUCCUUCACUUAACAGACAUCCCAAUUGGCCCCUUCGUUUACAUAGCCCCAACUCAAGAAAACAAGGAGCCAACUGUUCAGAAAAUUGAAGAAAUAUACGAGAAGCAAUUCGAUGAGGUAAAAAUGGAAAAAAAGGAAGACAAAAGCCGAAUUCCGCGCCGAAAAGGUCGAAAGCAUAGACGUCGGGUUAAACCAUCAAGGUCUCGAGCUAUGUACUCAGACACUGACUUGUAUAGAACUCUAGGGUCUAGUUUGUAUUCUCCCAAGCACUAGAUACACGCAGGCUAAAUAACCCAUACUUUCAAUCACAAUGUACAUUAAGGUUUUGGUUCUCUUUUCCCCCCCUUCCUUUCAGUGUUUCAUCAGUCAGGAGAUCUGAGGGAAUAUACAAGUUUACAUUUUUUUGUUUGUUGUUAGAUUUAUUGUCACAUUUUUGCCAUAGGAUCCUGAUCCAGGCUUUUCUCCAGCAGUUUGUUCUUCAUCCCCUGUACCAGAAACAUCGAUUAGCCCAAAUUGUUGGUCAAGGAUAAGUUUUGAUGAUAGAUUAUGUAUCUAUGUACGAUUCACGUAUAA